CUUGUAUACCAUCCAUGGGAGCCGGCUGGGAGGGGGGAAGAUGGCCACUUUGGCCCGGCUGCAAGAGCGGCUACCGAGCUUCAAGCAGGAGUAUUUCAAUAGAAACAGGUGUGUAGAUGAAUACAGAAAAACAGAACAUUGUGCUGCUGUAAAAAUUCAGAGUUGGUUUCGAGGGUGCAAAGUCCGGGCGUACAUCAGGUAUCUGAACAAGAUGAUGGUGUUUAUUCAGAAAUGGUGGCGGGGUUAUCAAGAGCGGAAAAAAUUCAGAAAAAUGGCAGAGACAGCGUAUUUUAUUAUGAAGAUGAAUUUCUACAAUGAAAUGGCUGUCAGGAUUCAAAAAAGAUGGCGAGGCUAUUACAUCCGAACAUAUAUCCAUAAUUAUUAUGCGCUAAAGAAGUACUUGGAAGCUAUCGCUUUGAAUAAUGAGAUGAUCAGGAGAGAACUAGAAGAGUUCGCAGAGAUGAAGGAGAAAGAAGAGGUGAAAAAAGCUCUUGAAAGAGAAAAAAAGAAAAAGGAUUACCUAGCCCGAAAGAUGCAUUACCUCCUUAGCACUCAGCAGAUUGCAGGCAUAUAUAACUCACCCUAUCAAAAGUCACCUGAUCCAUGGGAAAUGCAGUUAAAGAAAGCCAAACCUUUGAGGCACAAAAAGAAGAAAAUCGAGAAGAAUACUAUGGAUCUUCCAUGGCACACUUAUGCAGAUUCCUUUGGUUUUCAAGUGAUGCCACCUCUUCCUCCAAUUGGAAGACAAAAACCACAGGGACCCUUCCGUGAUACUGUUGAAGUACUGCAGCAACGCUUCAAACCUUUGGAACCAUCAGUGCGGAUAGCACUCUCGAGUACUUCAGUUCAACUUGCCCAAGAAAAAGAAAAGCAAGAAGAAUGGCGGAACCGUAUACAUGAUGAAGUGUUUAUGCCAUUUUCAUAUAAUGUGCCAGAUGAAUAUAUUCCAUCUAUUCAGAGAGCAAGCGGAUAUGGUCAGUCAAAUUAUGGACUCAAGUAUUUCCGGGAAGAACACCCAGAGAAAUGGAUAACAAACAAGGAUUUCUUAACUGUGUUACCAUCAAUUCCUCUGUUUGGAAAGUUUGGCCAAGCCUAUUCCAGAGCUGGGCAAUUUGUUUAAACAUUACUUCUCUUACCAGUUUUGUAAGAAAUUUUAAAAACUACCUUUUUAAGACCAAAAAGGAUGCUUAUGAUUACCACAUUCUAGUUGAAGAUUCUUAUACAGACAUCGUUAGUAUAAUCGAGUUGUGGAGGUUUGAAAGAAGGGUUCCACAGCAAUCUGUCAACUGCUGUCAUCGUUUCCAUGAAGGGCAUCUGAAAACAACCUCAGGAACAGAUCUCCGUCUUUCCCUUCAAUAUUCAGAAGCUCCAAAAAGUAAUGAAAUUUAAAAUCAAUGGUAUUUGGCAACAACUUGAAGAAUUGGGUGCAUUUUCUUAAUCAGAUAGUCUCCACUGUUUUUACAGUUGUUUCAGGAAAGUAGCCUGUUUCUUCCACUGAAGAAUAAAUAAAC